AUGAAGAGCCCCCUCACAGUGCUCGCGCUGCUGCCCAUCCAAUGUCUGGCGCAGUAUUCGUUGGUGCGAGAUUACUCAGGGUCAGGCUUUUUCGACGAAUGGAACUUCUUUGGCAAUGCCGAUAACCUCACCAGUGGUGAUUUGUUUUACUUGGAUAGAAGCGCGGCAGCUUCGCAGAAGCUUGCCUUCGUUAAUGAUGCAGGAAAUGCAGUCGUUAGAGUUGAUAACUUCACCAACGUUGCUCUCAACGACAAGCGGAACUCGAUCAGAGUGGAAUCCAAAGAUCUGUACGACAUAGGAAGUCUAUGGAUUAUCGACACAGUAUGA